AUGUCUCCCCUCCAACAAAAACUGAAAAUUUGUGAGAAUAAACUAAAAGAUGAUGAAGAUAAAGACUUUUUGCUCGAUGGUAUACGCAAUGGAUUUUCUAUUCUUGAUGAGUAUAAAAUACCGCUUAUUCAACCUUCUGUGACAAAAAACUCUUACUCUGUGUUUCGUGAUCAGGAAUUAGUAAACAAAAGGAUUAACUAUGAAACUGAAGAGGGUAACUAUGUUAUUGUUUCUGAGAAGCCUAUAGUAGUUAGCGCCCUUUCAUCAAUUCCUAAGCCCGACGGUAAUAUACGUCUGAUACAUGAUUUCUCAAGACCUAUAAAUCAAAGUGUGAAUGACUUUGCCUCCAUUGAACAUUUUCAAUAUCAAACCGUUUCUAAUGCCAUUAACAAGUUGACUCCUCAUGCCUACCUAGCAAACAUUGAUCUCGAGCAUGCUUACAGGUCGGUCGGCUUGCAUCCAUCUAAUUUUCCUUAUACGGGAUUACAAUGGGACGGUAAAUACAUGUUUGACUCUCGCCUGCCUUUUGGUGCCCGGAAGAGUCCACAAAUCUUCCACAGGAUUACUCAAGCAGUUCGACGUAUGAUGCAAAGGCGUGGAUUUAACUGCAUCAUUGUGUAUUUAGACGAUUUUCUUGUGAUCGGAAAUGAUUAUUCAGAAUGCUUACUAGCUUAUCAAACUUUGUUAUUACUGCUACGUUCUCUUGGUUUAAGCAUAAAUUAUAAAAAGCUAGUAGACCCGUGUCAGCAAAUUGUUUUCCUGGGAAUUGAAAUUAAUACCGUUUCCGGGACAAUCUCACUCGAAUCAGUGAAAGCUUGGAAUUAUUUUCAACAAAUUGACUCGUGUCUUUCAAAGCGCAGGCUUUCAAGAAAGGAAUUGGAAAAACUAACAGGGAAAUUAGCUUGGGCCUCUAUUGUGAUCCCUUGGGACCGCGUCCACGUUAGACCGUUCUACAACAAGCUCAAACAGUUAAAAUCCGAUCAUCAUAAAUGUCUCACAAAACAUUUAGCGGACGAUCUACACUGGUUGUCUUCGAAAAUUGUUCAAGCCAAUGGCACUAGAAGGAUUUGGGAUUUUCGGGAAGAAAUUCAAGUAUUCUGUGAUUCAUCUUCGCAUGCAGGCGGAGCUUUCUGCCAAGGCGACUGGUUGUACACAGCGUGGCUUGCGGAUUACCCGCGCUUGGAAUGUCAGCAUAUAAAUACUAAGGAAUUGGCUUUC